UUAAAGCAAAAAUACAAUAAUAAAUUAAAGCUGAGCUGUCAAAUUAAAAGAGCAUUCACACUUUUUAUGUGUAUAUAUAUUUACACUGUUAUGUCCCUUUCUUAAAAUUUUCAUCAACAUGGACAGUCAUAGUAAUGAUGCAAAUUCUGAAGGGAUUCUUGAGAAUGUAUGGGCCAAAAUUAUCAGCAAUCAAAGAGGAGGAGAUCAUGUGAGAACAUAUGGUGAUGGUGAUGUUGCAGCAGAACAAUCAUGGGAAGAACUUCCACAACUUGAUGGAAGAGACAACAAUAACGGUUCAGUGGGAAUUCUGCAGAGGCUUCCAAGCUUAGGGAGGUGGAUAUCAAUGGGAGCAGAUUUCUGGGAAGAUGUUUUAGAUGGAGUUGUUAAUAUUACACCAAAUGAUGCUGCAACAACAACAAACAAUAACGAACAAGAUUGUAAUAAGAAGGUAGAACUAGAGAAGAGGGUGAUGAAAACAGAGAAAAAAGUGGUGACAAAGCACUACAGAGGAGUAAGGAGAAGGCCAUGGGGGAAAUAUGCGGCGGAGAUUCGAGACUCGUCGAAGAAAGGUGCUAGAGUUUGGCUUGGAACAUUUGAGACGGCUGAAGAAGCAGCAUUAGCAUAUGAUAAAGCUGCUUUGAGGAUUAGAGGGCCAAAGGCAUACCUCAAUUUCCCAUUUGACACAGUUUCAAAAGCUAUACAAUUUGAUCAUCAUUAUUGUAAUAAGAGAGGGUCAUCUGUGGUGUUGAAUGAGCAACCUCCAACAAAGAAGGUAGCAGGAGGGUUUCAUCAUGAUCAUGAUGAAGAAGUAGAUGUUUUUGUGUUUCAGGAUUUAGGAAGUGAUUACUUGGAUAAUUUGCUGUCUUCUUUUUAAUUAUAUAUCAAGAUGCAUGGUAUGGUAUGGUUUGGUUGAGUAGUUACAUAUAUACUUAUCACCAAUUUGUAUAUCAUUUGUUGUUUUUCUUAGCUAUCAACUAUAUAUAUCUAAUAUCAUUAAUU